UAGCCAACCAAUCACACCUCCUCAUUGAGGCAUCUAUGCAUCUUCUCGAAAACAACAAACAAGAGAAGUAGAAACUUCUCUUCUCCUAGGAGUUCAAAAACAUAAGUAAGAACUAUCAAAGUACUUUAUUGUCCAAUGCUACUGAUUAUUUGAAUCCAUCAAAAGACAGUAAGAUGCCAUGGUAGAAAAGCUUUUGUCUUUAGCUCCAAAGGUGUCCAUGUGCUGUUCCCAUAUUCUAAUACAUAAGCUUACUUCUUUUGUUUCUGCUUCUCCAGACCAAUUGGUUUAAAUAUUCUCACCCUCCUAAACAUUUACUAGCUAAUAACAAAGAACCCCUCAUAAAAGUUUUACAAAUACAACAACACAGAAAUGCCAUUACUUCUAAAUUUCCUCCCCUUAUAAAGCACACAUAACUUAGGUUCUUACCUUUAUCCUGCGCUACAUUUCCCUCAUUGUCUCUCUUUCUCCCCUUAUUUUCUUGGUAAAAAACUAACAUGGCUUCUUUAGAAGGUGCCUCUAUAUCCGACGAGCCGACUUCCAGUCCCCGAAUUUCCUUCUCUUCAGAGUUUCUUGAUGAGAAAAACUUCAUAUCCAUAACACCAAAUGCACAAGCAGAGAAAGAACGAAAAGAUCAGCAAGAGAGAGCGCGGAGUGCAGCUGAAUUCGAGUUCCUGUCGAGCAAGUUAACCAAUGAAAACAUGAUCACAGCGGACGAGCUGUUCUUCGAGGGUAAGUUACGUCCCUAUUGGCAAAUGCAUUAUGCUGAAAAGCUCAACAAGAUUAGUUUAAAAACUGAGGGAGAAAUAUUGAAUGAAGCUGAGGUGAAGAAGAGUCAGGAAGAAACUAGGCCAAUAAAUUGGUUUAUUGAUGAAGAUCCUUCUCCUAGGCCACCAAAAUGCACUGUUUUAUGGAAAGAGUUAUUGAGAUUGAAGCAAAAGAGAGCUUCUUCAUUAUCACCUUCUUCUUCUACUUCUUCCUCCUCGUCUUCAGGUUCACUUGCUGAUAUAUCUGUAGCACCAGAUCAAGAAAAAAGUGAAAAAAACAAAGGUCAAGCAACCAAAGAGAAACAUGUAAAGAGGAUUAAGAAAGGAUUGGAGAGAAGUAGAUCAGAAACUUUAAGAGUUAGACCUGUGAUUCAUGUGCCAAUUUGUACACAGGGAAAAAACACUGCAUUGCCACCUUUGUUUUCUAUUAAGAAAAAGGGUAGAGCAAUAGAGAGAUGAAAAGAACUUGCUUUUGAUAAUCAUUGUGCAGAGAUGUUCUUUCUUCUAUGUUUUCUUCUUCUUCAAUUCGAUUUCAUUUCAAGGCUUCUUUUAGUUUUCUUUCCUUUCAUGAGUUUAGAUUACAUGCUUUGUUGUAGAAUCUGAUUAAUUUACCAUGUUGAUGUGUUCAUUUCUUGUAAUGUAUGUGAAGCUAUCUCAUCUAGUUUCAAGAGUUACUGUAAUCUAACAUAUCUCUCUCUUUCAUUCUCAUGCAAAGAACUAGUGAGGCAUAUGCCUCUUGAAUUUCUUUUGGAAUUGUGCAAUAUUUACACUCUCUACCUUUUUUUUUUUUUCUUUUUCGCAAUUUUUUGUGCAUAUUACGCAUACAUGGUUUCAUUGGAGAGGGAGCAGAACAAAGUAAGUCACUUUACAAUCAACAGAAAAACUCUUGCAUCACUUUCAUAAUAAACAAGUUACAAACAUGUUUUAUACAAUUGCGUUUCAAUACAUAUAUG